AUGAAACGAGGACGAUCAAGUCUCAAAUCCAAGUGCCAAACCUUCCCCUCCCAUGAAGAACCAGCUAAGAGACAAAAGAGGCAGGCAACCAGUUUCAGUUUGUCUCUGGCAGCAGACUGGGGGAACCUCCCACAUCUUGUGGUUCUGCAGAUCUUCCAGCAACUGUCCCUGGUGGACUGAGCUCGGGCCUCGUCUGUGUGUCGUCGCUGGAACGACGCAUUUCUCACGCCCGACCUGUGGAGAAGGUUUGAGUCUGAGCUCAAUCAUCCGGCCACGUCCUACCUGCACUCCACUCCCCCUGACCUCAUCCAGCAGAUCAAAAGACACGCUCAGCACCUGCAGUACGUUAGCUUCAAGGUGGACAGCUGUCCAGAAUCUGCAGAGGCAGCCUGUGAUAUUCUGUCCCAGCUGGUGAACUGCACCAUCAAAACACAGGGGCUGAAUUCUAUGGCCCGGCCCAGCUUCAUGGAUGUGUCUCAGGCUCACUUUGUGUCUGCGCUGACAGUCGUGUUUGUGAACUCCAAGUCCUUGUCCUCCAUCAAGAUUGAUGACACGCCAGUGGAUGAUCCAUCCCUGAAAGUGUUGGUGGCCAACAACAGUGACACCUUGAUGUUGCUGAAUAUGAGCAGCUGUCCCUAUGUUUCCCCAGCUGGCAUCUUGUGUGUUGCAGACCGGUGCCAUGGCCUCAGAGAGCUGGCGUUAAACUACCACCUCCUCAGUGAUGAACUCCUGCUAGCUUUGUCCUCAGAAAAACACGUCCACCUGGAACAUCUCCGCAUCGACGUGGUCAGCGAAAACCCCGGCCAGACUCACUUUCACACCAUGAAGAGGAGCAGCUGGGAUGUUCUGGUCCGACACUCACCGAAGGUCAACAUCAUCAUGUACUUUUUCCUCUACAAGGAGGAGUUUGAGCCGUUCUGCGAGGAGACCCCGGUCACCCACCUGUACUUUGACCGGGCGGUGAGUAAAGAGAUGCUGGGUCGCAUCGGGCUGAACUGUCCACGGCUGGUGGAGCUCAUGGUGUGUGCCAACGGCCUGGAGCCACUGGACAAGGAGCUGAUCCGCAUCGCCAAGCACUGCAAGAGCCUGGCGGCCAUCGGGCUGUGCGAGUGCAAGGUGACCUGACCGAUGUUUGUGGAGUUCGUGAAGGUGUGCGGUGGCAGGCUGACGCAGCUGUCCAUCAGGGAGGAGGGGCUGACUCCAGAUAACACCUUCAGCAUGGAGCAGAUCCACAGCGAGGUGUCGAAGCACCUGGGCCGCAUGUGGUUCCCGGACACGAUGCCCAUCUGGUAG